UUGAUUCAGCAAUCUGCCAGGUUACUAUCAAAAUUUCAAAUGAAGCUCAACAACCGAUUCUGAAAUUGAUUGAGCUCGGUAGGUUUGAUUACAUAACAUUAGAAUGAUCUAUAAUUUAAUACCAAUAAUUUGCAGGUAACUUUUGGUUACAUCUUCACACCGAUAAAUACCUAUUUUUUAUUUAGAACUAUACCGAGAUUAGAUUUGUUCCAGUACCAGUAGAAAGUGGAAGUACUCCGGAGCAAACAGAGAGAAAAUCGUUCCUAUGUUCUCUUCUCUUUUUUCUACUUCCGGUAGCCAACCGGAGUAAAAAAGAAGUAUUUUUUGCUUCUGUUUGCUCCGGAGCAACUUCUGUAUACUAGAACAAACCUGUUAUACAAAACCAUCUGACAACGCAGCUCUAAAGUGAAAAGUGCUCUUAAAACAUCGAUGACAUAUUUUUUGUUUUUUUUUUUUCUGUUUUCUCUACCUAUCUGAUGUGUUUCAUCCUGCCAAGGAAUCCAAAAACAUCAGCUGUCUCCCGUUUCCAGAGAGUUCGCCGACCAGUUUUACUUUCAAACUGAAGAGAAAAUUACAGUUUAACUUUACCAGGCACAAUCAUCAGAAUGAGAUGCAGGAAAAUAUUAACCCAGAAUGGUUUAAUUUUACCGUCCAGUUGGAGAAACAUUUCACAAAUGAUAAUCGUGUAUGCCCAAAAGGUUUUGUGCGGAUCUGCGAAUUCGGUUUUUGUGGAAUAAUUCGACCAAGGGCUAUGAUGUAGCAGCGGUCAGAGUAAGUCCAAUCAUACGGCUUCAUCCCACCCCGAGAGCAGAUGAGCGCUGGGGAAUGUUUUCAGCCACCUGGAGGAGGAAGUUCAGCGCGGAAGAAAUGUUACCAGACUUCGCCGAUCUGGUAUCUGGACUUUUUUGAUGAUCUCAUAGAGAUUGGGUGUGCAGAUGGGCGGUUAAAGUUCUGGUAGGGAACGACUGGUAACUUCAAGGAUAUAUAUAAAACCGAAAACACCCACAACAAUGGGGUAACUAACAUAAAUCUCGCCGGUGACAAAGUGAUAGUCGCACGGUUGAGUGAACGAAUCGAUUUUCUGAGACUGGAAACGUACACACACGUAAGGUUGUCAGAUCGAUUGGGGAUUUACGUCUGCAUAUGAGCGAACCCACGUACGCAGCGGUUCGGCAGGAAGCUUUAGUUUAUUUCGGCAAUCCGCCGGCUCAAAUCCGUCCACAGCGUUGUCAGCUCAACAUCACGCAUCCGAGGAGGAGCUUCGAUGUAUCCUGGAGUUUCACCAGCAGGGUCACCGGCGACAUGUUUGGAAGUGGCAGGCGGUACAACCAUUACUGGCAGCCAGGGCCACACUGUUAACGUGUUCCGGCUCGAUAGCCACCUAUUGCAGUUCACCCUAAAAGGCCAUUGCGGUCCUAUCACAUGUAUUUUCAUAGACCAGUGGCAAGCCGAGAUUGGCGCAUCUGGUUGCCAGGAUGGUGUGCUAUGUGUGUGGGACUUGAUACGGGGUGCCUGUAUGUACAAAAUUGAAGCCCAUGACGACUCAAUCGUCGCACUUGCGUGUUCCCCGAGUUACGCAAUAUCGUUCGGACUGAACGAACGAAUACGGUUCUGGGAUAGAUUUCAGGGUCAGCCGUUCAACACCAUGACCGUCAGUCAUGCAUAUUCAUCGCUUGUGAUGCUGACGCCGUCCCUUCUCGUGACUGGAAAGUUGGGUUCACUAGUCGUAUGGGACGACAAUACUAAAGAUGUAACUCGGGAAGUCAGGCUUGACUGUUCCAAUUCACAGCUAAGUCCGAAUAUUAUGCUACCUGACAAUGGUUUGGUAAUUUGUGACUACGGAAAUCAAAUGAGAAUCGUUCGUUUCCCUCUUGUUGCGUCGGAAAAGUGGUUCGGUCGGGGGAAUCGUAAUCGACCAGCUAACGAAAACAAAUGUACAGCAGCAGCUUCUGAACGAAGCCAUUGCUAG